UAUGAAUACAGCAUCGACAUGGGGAGAGACAGCACCAACACGGAUCGGGACACUCACAGACACGGCUCAAGGCAUGACCGCCACGACAGGCCUCAUAGACAUCGAACUCACAGGGAUCGGGACAAGCAAGAUGCAGACCAGAUUGAAGAGGAGCAGAGGAGAGAGAGAAAACGGCUCAAGAAGGAGAGGAGGACAGAUGAUGACCAUACUCUUCAGGUGUUGGACGAUGACCCUAGUAUGUGGGUAGAAAAAUCAUUGGAUCCUACCAAUGCUGUCGCGAACAUCCCCACCGCCGACUCUCUCCCUCUAACGUCGAAUCCUUCUGGUCCGAAAGUUUCUCUUCCCCUCUCCACAGCAACAGGCUCAGAAGGCCGGCAGCGCGAUUCGUGGAUGCUGGAGCCAUCGGUGUCUUCUGCCAUUGUCCCGACCCCGAGGGACGAUGUGCCCCAUAGCGCUGUCAAGUCUGCCGCUGAUACAGCGGACAGGUACGGAGAUGGGCAGCCUGAUGAUAGGACCUCCGUUUCGAAUGUGGACCUCUUUUCCUCCAUGGGAAUAGAACAUAAGAGGAAGGAUCCUAGAUCGGAUAAGCCAGACCCUUCCCAGCUCGUGGUCGACGACCGUUUCGAACUCAACACCCAACUCCUCGAGGGGAAAAAUGUCGAUGAAUACGAAGUUAAAGAAAAAAAGACGACAUUUGGUGGACCUGGUUACCAGUGGCGAAUGAUGAAACUCAAGCGUCUGUAUGAGCAGGCAGAAGAACAGUCUCGACCCGUAGAAGAAGUGGCUCUUGAACGCUACGGAUCACUUGAUGAGUUCAAUGAAGCUCUUGAAGAACGUCGUUAUCUAGACGAUCGUGAAGCGCGACGCAAAUCGCGGGGUGUCAGUAGACCUGUUGGGCCCAGUUCCGAUUCCUCCAGGCCCACCACUCCUUCCGGCAACUCUUCCGGUAUGCGGACUCCCGAUGCAGGUCGCCGAUUCAUGUUUGCUAACCGCACCACUGGGGAGCAAACUUUUGGCACUGGUGGUGGCAGUGGCAAUCGACCUGGCUCUCGAACGGGUUUCCGUCGACCUGGUGAAGAUUUAGAACAGGGCACGACGCCUGUCAGCAGCGCUGGGAGGCUUGAUACACUUCGCCGUGACAAUGGUGGACUUGGAACACCAAAGCUUGAAAGUGGAGUGAGGUCUGGCUCUAGUGGUGUUGUUCCGAUGAAGGUCGGUACUCCUAUCCCUAGCGUUUUCACUCCUACCACCCUCACCCGCUCAUUCACUGGUCCCUCCCCCCCUGGGCCUGAGCAUGAAUCCGGUGCUGUGGAUCCAACCUCUUCGAAACCCCCUCUUUCAACUGAACAGCUCAACAAACUUCAAGCCGCCGUUCUGCGUUCCAAACUUAUGGACGAUCCGAAUGCCUCCGCAUUGGAGGACGAAUACGAAAUCGAGCGUGAGCGGAGCGAGCGAGCACAUGCGGGUGUGGGUGCAGGUGCAGGACUGUGGGAGGGGAAUAAUGAGGGGAUACAGGGCCAACUCGGCAGGAUGGAUGAAAAAGGCAACAGGAUAGAAGUGCAGGUUCUUCCUACAUUGGACGGGAGAGGGAAGCUGUAUGAUGUAGGCACUGGCAAGGAAGAUGAAUCGGUCGUCAGACCGGGAAAUCGGAAGCAGAAGGACGCCAAGUUCGAGACCCGUGACAAGCAAGGCAACCUCCUACGCUAUAACGCGGAUGAUGAUAUUCAAUCUCUGGGGGAACUUGUGCGACAAGAACGUUUUGGCGCAGGUUCAUCGGACCAGAAAAACCUGGAUGCUGAGAUGGCGAGGGCUAUUGCAACGGAUGGCAAGUUUGAAGAUGACCUUGACUAUAUGGAUGAUAAUGCGGAUAAGCUGGCCAGGAAAAAGAUGAAGAGCGACGCAUUGAAAAGGGCCUUUGCCAUAAAUGAUUAUGCUCGAACAAAGAAAGCGCUCGAUACAUGUCCACUUUGCUACCAAGACGACCGUCCUCCGCAAACCGCCAUUGUUGCUCUUGGUACACGCACGUACAUGUGCUGCACGCAAUACGAAGAACUUGUACCGGGGCACUGUCUGAUCGUGCCUUUGCAGCACCACCUGAGUAUGCUGGAGAUGGAAGAUGAUGAUUGGGACGAAGUCCGCAACUUCAUGAAGUGCCUUAUGCGCAUGCACGCUCAAUCAAACCAUGGCGUUAUCUUUUUCGAAACCAUCACCUCCUUCAAAUCCCAGCGGCACUCGUACAUAGAAGCUAUUCCUGUGCCUUUUGACAUAUUCCAAGAUCUUCCUGCCUAUUUCCGUGAAUCGAUUCUUUCUUCUGAAGGAGAAUGGACGCAACACAAGAAGUUAAUUGAUUUCUCCUCGAGACCAGGUGGCUUUAGGAGGAUGAUGGUACCGAACUUGCCAUAUUUCAUGGUUCAGUGGGAUUAUAAAGGCGAGAAGGGCUACGGGCAUGUGAUUGAAGGUAUCAAAGAUAGUGGAGCAGGAGGAGGAGAAGACGAGGAAGGCGAUGUGGGUGGAGCAAUGUCCGAGAGCGAGUUCCCAAGAUACUUUGCCCAAGAAGUCAUCGGCAACAUCCUGGGGCUGGAAGCUCGCAAAUGGAGAAGACCGAGGAAAAUGGACGUGGCGUUGAAUAAAGAAAGGGCACGAAAGUUGGGGACCCUUUUCCAGCCGUAUAAUUGGACUGUGGGAAACGGCGUUUAAGGACAUGGGAAGGUUUACUAGUUCAAAUCAGCACCGAAGACGCAUAUCGUCUUUCAGUUUGAAAUCGAAAACUAGUUUGUGCUUUGAAGAAAUGAAGACAGGCAUAGAAACUGGAAAUUUGCAAAUGCUCCAAGAAGACGAUCGUCAUAUAUAUGAUACCAUAUCAUGCUUUCUUCAUUUUGGAGCGGUAAGAGUUAUUAGUAGCGAGCGUCAGCAGCAGCACUACUAAAAUUAUUGAUUGAUCCACGCCUGCUCGUGUGUUGUGCCAAAUUGGUUCAAAGAUGCUGUAGUGAUAUACUGCAG